ACUCACCGAUUCCCCUCCCACCCAGAAAACCUUCUGUAACAGCCAUCCUGUAGACUUGAAUGGCUGUCUACUGCGGCAGCGUUCCGCCACAGGUUAGAGUGGCAUUUUUUGUCCUUUGUUGACCUGCAACUGUGAACGAAUUCGUUUUUCUCAGCCGCAGUGCUCCAUUUGGAUCAUUGCUUCGUACAGCUUAUGAGUCUGCUUGAGCGGAUGCGAUGAUGUGAGCAUCGAGCAAGGACACGUGCUCUGCGGUCUAACACGUGGGUCAACCCGUUGGGUUGUGAGACCUUUUUCCUCAAGGUCACGAUCGAUGGCUGCGGUGCGAUAUGCCGUUAGUGUCCACCUCCGCAUUGUUUCUGGAGACUGGUUUUUAAAAUCAGCUGGUUUCAGCAUGGAGAUGGUUUCAGCAUUGAGGAAGGAGGCAGGCGGUUUCAGGAAUGUAAAUGCCUGCAUGGGUUUUCCAACUACAAUGUAGUUGAAAACGUACUUCGCAGUGCUCGUCGGCAAGGGUAGGCCUAUCCGAUUUCUCAGACUUGAGAUCACAUUCUCGCGGGAAAAUCGUCGAGCUAAUUCGAAUGAACACUGCGCAGGACAUAUCGCGGAGCAGAUCUUUUGUUCCCCCCGGUUUAAGGAGUGUGCUUUGAGGACUGAUCCGCAAAGGUCUGUUGCAUCGUCACCAUUUUGGAGACUUGAACAGUAACGCUAUCUGGAAGUGAUCGGGAACGUAGGCAGUCGAGUAUUGCAGACAGCGUACACCUCGCUGGCAGGCCGUUCCGCGAUAGAAUGGGCCGGUGCAGAUCUCUCCUGGCUCGGCACAGGGGCUGGGUCGUGACGGCCGCUGCGUUCGUGAUGUUCGUGGUGGCCACCGGCACCCUGGGCGUGUUUCUACUGCUCUACGUGCAUUUCGAGCGGGAAUUCCAGGAUUCUGCAACUGCCAUUGGAUGGAUAGGUUCCCUAGCCAACGGUCUUCUCAACCUCACGUCUUUCGUGUCCAGUCCUCUCUACGAGAGGUUCACGCGUCGGAAGAUCAUCGUUCUCGGAAUAUUGCUUUGCAGCGCCGGGAUCCUAGCAACCAGCUUUACCCGGGCGCUUUGGCAGAUUUAUCUGACCUUCGGUGUGGUGUUCGCUGUCGGUCUCAACUUCCUUUGCAACCCUGCGUUGAACAUGCUGACUAUCUACUUUCCUGGCAAGAACUGCGUUCGAGCCACAGCUCUAGCCAGUGGCGGUCAAACAGUGGGUACCCUUCUGCUAACACCGAUUUUAGAAGCCGUUUUGUCUGUCAUUGGGUGGCGUCAAACCCUUCAAGUUCAGGCAAUCGUGAUCUUCGUGAUCUGUCUGCCGCUCGCCGUCGUCUUCAAGACUCCAUCGCUGCGUCCCACUCGGCUGGACAGUGUAGCCGAAGACGCGGGCACCCCAGCCGAGCAGGAGAAGCUGAACAUGAUGAAGGUGGGCGGGGCCCCGUCGGCAGAGGGUGACGAGAACAGCUACCGGAAGACGGAGGGUGACGGCGAGGAGGACGCAUGCUUGGAACCGGACUUGGCUCAGGAUCAGGGAUCCGGAGACUGUGCCUCACCGGACGGUAAUGAGGAGCACGAGGCGAACUCUCUUACUGAACCCGUUAACUCGUCCGAGAAGACUGUUGAAGACAGUGUGGGAGGGGGAAGGCAGAGGUACCCAAACACGUGGCAGAAGUACGUGAGGUUGAUGAAGGACUCAAGGCAUGCGUUUUUCUUCCUGGCCACCCUUGCAACAGCCCUCUCGGUCACAUUUAAUGGAAUAAACUUGAUUAGCUGUAUGACAGUAGGUGGCAUCCCAGAAUCUACUGCGGCCUGGCUGAUCACGUUGAUGUGCAUAGUUGAUUUGGUCUCCCGUUUCUUCUUUGCAUUUACCGGGGACUCUCUCCCGUUCCAGCGGAUCUUUCUCCUCGCCGUGGGAUCCGCGUUCGGGGCCGCGGGAUCAUUCCUGCUGACGAGGGGAACGUCGUUGUGGAUCUUCGCCCUCUAUGCCGUUGUUGCAGGGUUUGUGCGUUCCAUAGCCUUCGGCCUUGGCUGGGCUUGUGUUGUCGACCUCUUCGGCGCUGAUAGGACAGUGGAGACGCUGACGUCAGUUCAAAUCUCGUACGGGAUUGGCGGUUUACUGGCUUCCUCUGUAGCAGGCCUUAGCUACGACCUCACGGGCACCUACCAGACCACGCACUUCAUAUGCAUGGGACUGUGGGCAUUGUCGAGCCUAUGCUACGCCGUCGUGCACCAGUGGAGUCGAAUCACUUCCUGCAGGCCGAAAGUCAACCGACCGUCACAUCUUGCCACCUUGAAUUAAAACACACUGUAUUCGGAACUUUUGUACGUCUGAUAAAGACGAUGGCAACAUUUUGGAGCCACGUUGGUGGCAGCUACAGUAUUACUAAUUCAUGCCAAAGUAUAACAUUUAAAAUAUAACACUGGUGAACUUUGUUUAAACUGUUUGGGGACACACGGGCUGUGCAACCGUUCGGGUACAUGUACCUAAAAUCGAUGUUGUGUUUGCGACUUCUCUUACAAUGUAUCUACGUUAGUACUGAUUGGUAUGGGUAUAUGAGAGAGCACGCAGUGUGCAUGGCCUAGGGUAGGAGGUAUGAUUGGUUGCAGCCUUGGGUAAGUCACUUGUAUAGUCUCAUUGUUUCUCUCCGUCUAAGGGCGGGUACCUUUUCGAGAGUAGAGAUGGUUCUCGGCUUCUCAAGGGACAGCACUGAGCUUGAUGCUUCCCGUGGAGUUGAAGGUGGUUUAGGGAAUAUUUAUAGGGCUGGUGGGCAGUUAUAAUUACGAUAAAGCACUGAAGAACCAGCUGUGAUGGAUAUGUCUGUUUAUUAUUUUAUUUGCUCGUAUGAACAUCCAGUUAAGUUGCUGAAAAUUGAGAAACGCUGAACUUUCAAUCAUGCUGUGCCAGUGUAGCGUUUGGCAUUUUCUUUCAAUAACAUUGCUAACUUAAACUGUAUGUAUGUAACUGUAUGGGUUUUUUAUUCCAAUGCCAAAUAGUAUAGUCAUGGCAAAAGUGUGAAUGAAAUAAAACAAGACGAAGCUUCGAUGCUAGUUAUUCCAGCAUAAAAAUAAAAUUGCCACUGAGAAGGUUGAAAGUUAAAUUUUAGAUUUUCUUUUGUCGUUGAUUUUUGUCUCAGUUGUUGAUAGUAGAAUAGAGAUAUCUGCAGUAAGCUUUUUUUAGAUUACAAAUAUUUGGGAGAGAACAGUGUCUUCCUGAAAUGACAUCACAACCACAGCAUCCUCGUUUGUCACGGAAAAGGUGGAAAAUUUGAAAUUUUAAAAGCAAUAGUAUUAACUAAGAAACGGUGUGUCAAUCAUUUAAAAACAACAAUUUGUGUAAAAGAGCGUUUUCUCAUAAACCCUUUAAUAUGUUGAAACGAUGAACACAAUCUGGUUGUUGACUAACAUUGUCGUGAGGUUGAUUUUUUAACUCUUCUGGAUGGCAAAAAAUACCGUGUGGCCAUUUGUCCCAACAAAUACGUCAUGAACAUUUGAUUCUAGUCCUGCAUUUCGAAAUAUUGUCCCAAACGGUUUUGUUCAAGACCAGCCUCAUUUUGACUUUUAUUUAUUUAUGACCAUAAAUUAAUGAAAAUAGAUUUGAAAUAGGCCCUACUGAUAACCAGCGCUUCCUUUAGCUGUAGGAACAUAAAAUAGGUGUAUUCACCCCAUGGUCUGCGCACCUUAUUGUUUCAAGUGUUUUUUUUUACGGUUUGGUACAAUUUUUUUUCCAUAUUUUCUAAGGAUGGCAGUCACUGAUUCAGAAAAAAACUUAAUAAAGUCGUUUUUAUGGAAAGAGAA